AUGGGUAGUAAAGCACCCAAAACUAUUUUCACUGAUCAAGAUCAUGCUAUGGCAAAUGCUAUUAGAACUGUUUUCCUGAAUUCUGAUCAUCGUUUAUGUAUAUGGCACAUUGGGAAAAAUGCUACGCAUCAUAUUGCACAUCUUCUUGGAAAGCCAGGUUUUCGUGAUAAAUAUUGGCACAAGCUUCUAUAUCGUUGUGAAUCUGAAAUUGAAAUGGAGACCACUUGGAAAGCUAUGUGUCAGGAGUGGAAUUUAAGUGAGAACAAGUGGUUGGAUAAUCUAUAUCGCCUGCGUCAUAAAUGGUGUCCUGCAUUUGGUCGUGAUUUUUUUUCUGCAAGAAUUAGAUCUACGCAAAGAAGUGAGAGCACCAAUAAUGUAUUUCAAGAUAUGGCGUGUAAGAUGAUGACUUUAUCUGAAUUUGUUGGUUAUUAUGAGAAGCAAGCUGAAAAAAUGCGCAACACUGAAAUUGUUGAUGAUUUUGACUGCAAGUUAUUUGAAAUGCAAGGAUGGUUAUGUAGGCAUGCUCUUUACAUCUUGACAAAUGUUGCAAAUAUUACAAGCAUUCCAUCGCAAUAUAUUUUGAAGAGGUGGACAAAAGUUGCAAAACAGAGGAUUUAUUGUGAAGAUGUUGCACAAAGCUCUCAUCAUGCAGUUAAUUCAAAGACACUGCGUUUGAAGAGGUUGAUGCAGUUAGCUUUCAGUGUCAUGAAUGAUAGUGCCAAUCAUGAUGUAACAGAGGAGCUUGCAACUACAGCCUUGUUGCGUCUUCGUUCUCAAAUUACAACUAAAAUGCAAUCUCUAAUAGGUAAAGAUCAUGUUGAUUUCUUGGAGGAAGGUGAUGAAUCUGAAUAUGUAGAAAAUCAUGGAAUUCGAGUAUUUGAUCCCCUUAAGAGAAGGCCAAAAGGUGUACCAAAUACUCCGAUUAAGGGCGCCGCGGAAAAGAGAAAAAGAAAAGCAUCUUCAUGCGUAGGCGGCACCUUGCAUGAGAAUUGACUUUAAUGAUGAAACAUGGGCAAGAUGAAGCAUCGCUUUUUGACUUUGAAAUGAUGAAACAAAUUAUCUUGAAAGUGUAGAUAGUUAACUAAUGUCAAUCAGUGCAGCUUUUGGAUUUCUUUUUAGC